AUGCAGUGGCUUCCUAUUAAGACUGGUAGACAGCUUGCUUCGUUUCUGGGUCUGAUGUCCUAUUUCCGAUCUUCUAUUCCGAUGUAUUCUCGCUUAACGGGUGAUCUCGACUCGUUGAAGCAGUGUAAAGAUUUGUCGAAGGUCUGGACGGCAAGGUAUGACAGAACUAUUCCAAAUUUGAGGUAUGCACUUACCAAUGCGUUGGUUAUGUCCACCCCUGAUUUCUCAUGUCGAUUUCAUUUAGCUACUGAUGCUAGUCUUACUGCAAUUGGUGGUUUGUUGUACCAAGUAAUUCAGAAUGAAAUUCGGUAUAUUGGUUUGGUAUCGCGUAAACUCUCUCCUUCUGAACGCAAUUACAGUACUACGAAACGUGAGCUUUUGGGAAUUUGUUAUUCAUUAAAAAAGUUUCAUCGGUUUCUGUAUAUGAGACGGUUUACCCUGCCCACGGACCACAAGAGUUUGAUCUAUUUGAAUACGCAAGAGGUUCCUAAUGCUUUGAUGCUUGAGUGGUGGGAGAACAUCUUUUCUUACACUUUUGAUAUUGUUCACUUACCUGGUGUUUUGAAUGUUAUUCCUGAUGCUUUAUCUCGGCUGUAUGAAGAUGACGAUGCUUCCGCACGCCAUCUUCUGGGGGGCAGGUACUAUGCUGAUGGAGGUGAAAGGUUGAAGCAGAAGAGAAAGAUGGGUUCUAAGUUGAAAUCUACCACACCAACUGUUCAAAUGAAACGUAUUCCUGCUCGAAUUACUCGUGCUUUACGAAAGGAUACUAGUAUUGGUGAUGAUGGCCUGGUUGAUGUGAAGCAUUCUUCGAUGAAAGCUAGCACCUCAUCAGCUGCCUCGUCAAAGCAACAACAAGAGUUAAUUUUACGUACUAUGAAGUUUCGCGAUUAUGUUACCCCACCUGCUACUGAACGAGAUAAUAUGAUUACUUCUCAACAUUUGGUCGGUCAUUUCGGAAUCAACCAUGUUGAAACUGCUAUUCAUCAUGAAGGAUUCCAUUGGACUAACAUUCGUAAGGAUAUUGAACGUAUCUUGGGGGAUUGUAUUGAAUGUAACAAGUUCAACAUUGCUCGAGAAGGUUAUCAUCCUUUCCGAAGUGCCAAAGCUGAUCAACCUUUGGAUCAUUGGUGUAUGGAUCUUGGUGAUAUGGGUGUCACAAGUUCAUUCGGUAGCAACUUCAUAUUCGUAAUGACGGAUAUUUAUAGUCGAUUUACGGUCAUUCGCUGCAUUCCAGAUAAGCAUGCUACUACUAUCGCUCGUGAAUUACUUCAGGUUUUCUCUCUUUUCGAUUGGCCAAAGAUCUUGACAUCUGAUAGAGGAAAGGAAUUCGUCAACGAGGUUGUAGAAGCUAUGGUCGAGAUCAGUGGUAUUGACAGACGUCUCUCGUUAGCAUGGAACCCGUUGGGUAACAGUGUUGCGGAGAGUUGGAUUAAACUUGCAAAGUCGACAACAGUUAAGUUGCUUAAAGGAAAACGUGAUCAGUGGGAAUACUAUAUUCCUUGGGUUAAUUAUUGUCUGAAUGUCAAGUAUGCUAGAUUGCACAAGUCUCGUCCUUGUACGAUUUUGUUUAAUCGCCAACCUAAUGGUUUGACGGAUUAUUCAAAGGUAGACUUGACUCGUAGUUACGAUGUAGUGGAUCAGAAGAACAUUGAUGAGAAGUAUAGCUUCGUUCAAAAUGAUCUUAUUCCAGCUAUCUCGAAACGUAUUUUAGAGACUCAGAAGAAGGAUCAUGUCAGUUUUGCUAAGAAGCACAAGAUCAUCGAGAAGCCUUAUCCCGUUGGGAGUAAGGUGAUGGUAGUGAAUGAGAAUAAGAGCAACAAGUUGGAUGUUCGAUAUGACGGUCCCUAUUUGAUCAACGGAAUUACUAGCAAAGGCUCGUACGUUCUGAUGGAUCGUACAGGUAAUCUCCUGAGUUAUGAUGUACCUACGCAUAAAUUAGUGUAUAAUGCUGCCGCUAAUGCUACGCUAACUUCUAAAGAGGAUUUCAUUCGCGAACAUCAAGAGGUUCAAGCGGUUAUCAACCAUAGAGGCUCACCGGGCAAAAGGAAUGGUGCAAAGGCUGUUGGCAAGCGCAAGAUUGCUCCUGCAACAGUAAAUCAGAAUAAGGCUGCUACUCGUCCUCAGAAGAAACGUGGUAGACCAGCUAAGAAUCGGUCUUAA